AUGGGCUUCUUACGCGGCCUCUUUCUGUAUUACUUUGUGCUCGUCGCCUCCUGUACUGCCAGUAGCAGAGGUGAUGCGACGCAGCAGCCCCUACCCGGUGCAUCAGCCGCUGGUAAUGAAACCCUAAUCAGCCAGAAGCUGUUCUGGGAACUCGAAGAACUUGCGCGCAUCGUCGAUAUAUCCUACUGUGUAGGCACGGCCGGCCUAGGCAUUCAGAAGCCCUUCAAGUGCCUCAGCCACUGCGGAGAUCGCGACUUUGAGACGUUCGAGUUGGUUACAGCAUGGAAUACUGGACCUUUCCUGUCUGACUCCUGCGGCUACAUCGCUCUGUCGCAUUCUCCUACCAACCCGCGCCUGAUCCUCGCCUUCCGCGGCACCUACUCGGUUGCCAACACCAUCGCCGACCUCUCCACCAUACCGCAGGAAUACGUCCCAUAUCCAGGCGACGAUGACGAUGACACCUCAGACUAUAUCGCACCGAGACUAGACGUGGAUGAAGACACGCCACCUGCUGAUCCACCAAAGUGCGACAACUGUACUGUACACACCGGCUUCUAUUCUUCAUGGCUCAAUACCCGCAACGUCGUCCUGCCACAUGUGUCCAAGGCUAUGGACAAGCAUCCCGAUUACAAGCUGGUCUUGGUGGGACACUCGUUGGGUGGCGCCAUUGCGACUCUUGCCGGGCUAGACUUCAAGGCUCGUGGAUGGGAUCCCUACGUGACAACCUUUGGCGAACCCAGACUUGGCAACAAGGAAUUCAACAAGUAUGUGGAUGAGCGCUUCAGCAUCACUUCGGACCACGAACGCAACAAACUCCACCGUGUCACUCACGUCGGAGACCCCGUACCUUUGCUACCGCUAUCGGAAUGGGGCUUCAGCAUGCACAGUGACGAGAUCUUCAUAUCCGAGUCAAGCCUGCCUUUCUCAGUUGCCGACAUCCACUACUGCGAUGGCGACGAAGACGCGCACUGCAUUGCUGGGAGCGACCAAGACAAGCCUGCCUGGGGCGUGCCUACUCGCUUCAAGUUCUGGCAGCUCUUCUUUGCCCAUCGUGAUUACUUCUGGCGACUGGGCCUAUGUCUGCCAGGCGGUAACCCACGAGACUGGUAUGACAAGUAUCCCGGGCACAGCACAGAUGAUGGUGACGAAGAUGCGCCUGAAACUAUUGAGUUGUAA